AUGGCUGAUAAGCUAUCCGUGAGUGAUAGUGUAACUAAAGUUUAUCAAGCUGCUCGUGACGGUUCUACUAAUCUGGCUGCUCUUUUAAAGCGGCUGAAACCUGAACAAAGAAAAACCGCUUUGAAGACGAAAACUAAAGAUGGCAGCCAUUUUGUCACUCCUCUUAUCAUCGCUGCCCAUAAUGGACACCUGAAUUGUGUGCAGAUUCUUCUGAAAUAUGGAGCAGACAUUGAGGCUCGAGGAACGCUUAAGAAAGAAGACGAAGUUAUAGAGGGUUGUACACCUUUGUGGGGCGCUGCUGCUUCUGGUUGUCUUGAUGUUGUGAGAUUGUUAAUCGAACGAAAUGCAGACGUUGACGGCAGAACAUCGACGGGUUCGACUCCAUUGAGGGCUGCUGCCUACGUAGGACACCUUGACAUUGUGAGAUGUUUGGUUGAGAGCGGGGCAGAUGUGAAUGCACGCAACGUUGACGGGUACACCCCUUUACUAGUAGCGUGCCACUGGGGCCACUUAAAUACUGUUACUUAUCUUAUUAACAAAGGCGCUUUUAUUGACUUGCAAUACAAAGAUGGCGACACUGCACUUCACGAAGCUGUUCAAAGGGGCCACUUGAAGAUUGUCCGUGAACUUUUAGCUCUUGGAGCAUCACAAAGUCUGGCAGAUAAUCGAGGUUUAACACCUCUUCUUUAUGCCUGUGAUUUAUGCUCCAUUGGAAUAGUGGAGCAUAUCAUCAACAGACCGGAAUGUACAAAGGAACAGAGAAUUGAUGCUCUUGAACUUCUUGGUGCCAACAUUGCUUUUUAUCUACCUCGUAACACUGAGAAAGCGCUUAGUUACAUGAAACGUGGGAUGGAGGAGAGAUAUGAAGAUCUGGCACAUCCAUUGCUUAAAAAGAAAAUGGAACCUGUGGAAGCUUAUCAAAAUAGAAAAGAGAGUCAAACUCUUGAGGAACUUGCUCUGUUAGAAGGUGAUGAUCAUGCUAUCAGCAUGGAAGGACUUAUAAUCAGAGAAAGAAUCCUUGGGCCUGACAAUCCAGCAAAUCUGCAAAAAAUCAGAUACCAGGGAGCUGUUUUAGCAGACUCUGAGGAGUACGAGCUUUGUAUUGGUUUGUGGCAACGAUGCAUGGAGAAAGCCAUAAACUGCGAUUUUCCGAUAAUAAAAGAUCUUGAACGCCUCCCGGCUUUAUUCGGAGAAAUGUUACAAAAAGGUAAAGUUUUAAGACCAAAUUUUAUCGAAGACGUGUUUGAAAUACUGGUUGCUGCAAGUGAGAAGCAAACCGAAAAACGUAUGUCUAAAAAUUUACAAGAGGGGCAGGAAAACGAGGAGCUAGAAAAAACGCUUUACUGUGCUCUCUAUCUUUUGGUAAUAUACAUCAAAGUUAAAGGUCAAAACGCCAACAUGAUUGACUUCCUUCAAAGAUUCUUGCUUUUAAACCCUCGAACCAAUGAUGGAAAUACUCUACUGCACUUAGUUGCGUGGCAUGAAACACCAUUUUUUUCAUUAAGAGAAGAAACUAUGCGUAGUGUGUGCAAGCUUCCCUGUAUUGAGACCAUGAAGCUUAUCUUACAUGCAGGGUGUAAUGUAAAUGCCGUUAACACCGAGGGAAACACACCUCUCCAUCUAGCUGUGAAGUAUAAACCUGCUGAGCCUGAAGAUGUCGAAAUUUUGAGAGAAAUGCUGCUGUUGUUGUUAGAUAUCGGUGCAGAUCCAAAGCUAGAAAACAAAAAUGGUCAAACACCACUGGACAGCUGUGAAUCUGACGAAGCUCGUAGGAUCUUGUCCGAGAAAGGAAGACUGAGUGCGAUGAACGCCGAAGUCGGAGAU